CUUCCAUCCCCCGCGAUGGUGUUCAAGCCAUUCAAACCUCCUUUGAUUAGGAAGCCAUCUGAGCCUACCACUGUUGAAUCUACUCUGUCUAAAAACCGACCUGAAAGCAGCGGUCCCCCGGCGAAAAAACAACGCGUCCACCAGGAGCACUCUGCUGAGAAUAGAAAGCCUUUGGUGCAGGUGAAGAAUAUCCCUGGGCCACCAGAGGAGAGCCAGAAUGGUGACAAUCUGAAGGGAGAAAGAUACUUCAAUGUUCUAUGGCGAAAACCGACUACCAAAAAGAACAAGACCUGGGACGGCGACGGCAUUCUGUCCACAAGAGAUGGAUACGCAUAUUUAAAAGAUGUCUCCGGAAAGGAAAUGGGACGGGUGAUGCACGGCUCUCGCCUGGAGUCUGGGGUGAUGCUCUCGGUCGGUGGCAAAGAGGUCGAGGUCGACUCAGAAAUUCCCAGACAGGAAUAUCUUUCAGAUAAAACGCUAUUGGGGAGCAAGGAGACACCGAUCACACUAUCACCGCCGCGAAAGAUUUCUGUUUCCUGUGUGGAAAAACGCAACAACGUUUCGAAACCCGUCAUGCCCGAAACACAAGCCCCGAACGAGAAAAGCCGUGUUCCUACCAUUCCAAACCCUGCGUCAUCAAAGCCGAAAUCGAAGAUGGGUGCAUAUAAGAGCCCACUGUUGGACACCACUGCCGUGCCUCAAACGCCCAAAGAUCACCCGACCCCGCGUCACGACCCUACACAACCAGGAGCAUUGGUGAUGCCACGACCAGCAUCCGUGCCCUCUGGAAAGCGGAUUGUGGACGUGGUGGUUGACCCUAUACUGGGGAAGCAUCUGCGACCACAUCAAAGGGAAGGUGUCAAGUUCCUCUACGAGUGUGUCAUGGGUAUGCGAUCAUUCAAUGGCGAAGGUGCUAUACUUGCAGACGACAUGGGUCUGGGCAAGACCUUGCAGACAAUAACUCUCCUGUGGACUCUUCUGAAACAGAAUCCAAUCUACGAGAGUCAGCCAGUGAUCAAAAAAGCUCUCAUCGUGUGUCCAGUUACGCUUAUCAACAAUUGGCGAAGGGAGUUUCGCAAGUGGCUAGGAAAUGAAAGAAUUGGUGUUUUCGUCUAUGACGACAAGAGAAAGCGGAUAACUGACUUCACGGUGGGCAAAGCCUACAGUAUCAUGGUUGUGGGAUACGAAAAAUUGAGAACAGUUCAGGAGGGUCUAGCGCGCGGCGCUGGAGUCGAUAUCAUAAUCGCUGACGAGGGCCACAGACUAAAAACUCUCCAGAACAAAAGUGGCCAGGCGAUUCAGUCAUUGAAUGCGGCUAAAAGGGUCAUUCUGUCUGGAACUCCAAUCCAGAACGAUCUCAAGGAAUUCUUUGCUGCAGUAGACCUCGUGAACCCUGGUGUUCUUGGAACCUUCAAGGCCUUCAUUCGAGAGUUUGAAGUCCCAAUCGUGAAAAGCAGACAGCCUGAAGCGACCCAAAAGGAUAUAGAAAAAGGAGAGGCCAGGAGUGACGAACUUCGAGAACUAACGUCCAAGUUUAUGCUACGUCGGACAGCUGACAUCCUGGCUAAAUAUCUCCCACCGAAAUCAGAGUAUGUGUUGUUUUGCAACCCUACUGCCACCCAAGCCAACAUCUACCAAAACGUGCUUGCAUCACCGGUUUUCCAAUCCGCCAUAGGAAACUCCGAGAACGCUCUACAGCUCAUUACAAUUCUCAAGAAACUAUGCAACAGCCCUUCGCUGCUUUCUCCUAGAAAUCAAGAUGAGAGACCUAGCAAGACGAUUGCUUCUUUGUUGUCCUCUCUUCCACCCAACCUGCUACGGCACUUUUCGCCAUCAUCCAGUGCGAAGGUCAGAGUUCUAGAUCAACUAUUAUACAACCUGCAUACGAAAACGACGGAAAAGAUUGUUCUCGUUUCAAACUACACCUCCACUCUGAACCUACUAGCUACCCUCCUGACAUCUCUCUCCCUUCCAUUCCUCCGGCUUGAUGGCUCCACUCCAGCGCAGAGGCGCCAAUCCCUAGUGGAAGACUUCAAUCGGCUCCCCACCGAUCUCUGUUUCGCAUUUCUACUCUCCGCUAAGGCGGGAGGAACAGGGCUGAACCUAAUAGGCGCCAGUCGUCUCGUCCUUUUUGACGUCGAUUGGAAUCCAGCCACUGACAUUCAAGCAAUGGCUCGAAUUCACCGCGACGGUCAAAAGCGGCCUUGUCGUAUCUACCGGGUACUGCUGAAAGGCAGCUUAGAAGAAAAGAUUUGGCAGCGCCAGGUGACAAAGUUGGGGCUUGCAGAUAGUGUCAUGGAGCAUAAAGACAGCGUGGCUCAGUUUUCUCGUGAUGAGCUGAAGGACCUCUUCCGUCUCGACCAAGAAAGCAAAUGUCAAACUCACGAGCUGCUAAAUUGCGAAUGCGGGGGGUCAGGACAGCUAGUCGCCGCUGAAGAUAACACUAGCAAAAACGAAAUCUCUGGUUCAGAUGGGUCCUCUACGGCCGAGGACGAGGGCGAGGAUGAGGACGAGGAAUUCCCUGACUUACCCACGCUCAUCAAGGCUUCCCAAGUGAACAUCGAGAAGCAAGAGCGUGACAUCAAAGCUCAUCGCAACCGCAACCGCAAUAGCUCCAGGCGAUCCUCGUACAAGACAGACGACGAGUCAUCCGAUAGCAGAUCCGGUGCAGAAGGGAACAAGCAAAGACUGAACAUGCAGCAAUCGCUAUCCCAUUAUGCGCACAUCGAUCCAAAUCUAUUCUCCAAACCUACCAGCGAAGUGGAUAAUGCUGAGCAAGUCCUCGAUGACGAUGUUCUUCUGUCCGUCUUGAGAGAGGAGGAUAAUCGAGUUGGAUUCAUUUUCAAGAAGUCCAGCGUUCCUGAGCCUAAGAACGAUGCCUCAACGCCGGUUGUGUUCGAAUGAUGUGCGUCUCGUCGAGUUCGCGCGGUAUCGCUUACUACCUUAUCACUUAUUAACGAAUGUAUUAUAUGAAAUGCCACUUGGGGACUCAAGAAUAAAAUUGCUUUUCG